AUGGCACAACCCAGAAAGUCGGUAUUGAUCACCGGCUGCUCAGCUGGUGGUAUUGGCGAAGCAAUGGCUGAAGCUUUCCUUGAGAAGGGUUACUAUGUCUUCGCAACUGUACGAAACUCAUCGAGUGUUUCACAGAGUCUCUCUACUGCGGCAAGUGUUACAAUCGUAACACUCGAUGUGUUAUCCUCCGAUUCGAUUGCCGCUGCCGCUGAGCUUGUCCAGAGAGAGGCUGGCGGAAUGCUUGAUGUCCUCGUCAACAAUAGCGGUGGAGUUCUUUUCCUGCCUGCUCUGGAUAUCCCAAUUGAAGACGGGAAGAAACUGUUUGACUUGAACUUCUGGGGUCCAUUCGCCAUGCUUCAAGCGUUUGCGCCUCUCUUGAUAAAAGCUCAAGGUUGCAUCGUGAACAAUUCAUCCGCUAACGCCUAUGCUGCCAUGCCGUUGAUGAGUCAGUGUAUAGUGAGUGAAGAGUUCAGUAGUCUGUCACUGACAAGCCCAGGUGUUUACAAUAGCUCAAAGGCGGCACUUGCCAUGGCCAGCGAGACUUGGCGUCACGAGCUACGACCUCUUGGAGUUCGAACCAUCACACUCAUUACGUUCGCUGUCAAGACCGACAGUUUCUCCAAGUAUCAUCAAUUUGCGCUGCCCGAGACGUCGAACUACUUCGAGAUACGCGAUUUUAUAUAUAGCCUUUCCGACGGCAGACUGCAGGACGGUGCUAUUAGUGCAAGGCAAUACGCAAUUGAAGUGGUUCGGGAAAUCGAGAAAGGUUCAGUAGGAACAAUUUGGGCUGGUACAAAUGCUUGGCUGUCUCGGUUCGCAUUUUCCUUGCUACCGCAGUCAGUUAUGGACAAGUUACUAGAGACCAUCAUUCCGAUUUCUAGCACCAUGGCCAGAUCUCGAGAGGGCACAAAGUCUAGAUAG